AUGGACUCCAACAUGCCUAUUGCCGUCAUUGGCAUGAGUUGUCGCUUCGCUGGAGGUGUCAAGAACCCAGAGGACUUGUGGCAGCUCUGUGCAGAUGGCCGGACGGCAUGGAGCGAGAUCCCUGCCUCGCGGUUCAACGUCGAUGGCGUCUCCCAUCCGAACCCUCAGAAGCUGAACACGGCAAAUGUGAUUGGAGGACAUUUUCUCCAAGACGAUAUAGCCGCGUUCGAUGCCAGCUUUUUUAACCUCACGGCUGAGGCUGCCAAGGUCCUUGACCCACAAUUCAGGCUGCAGCUGGAGUCCACCUAUGAGGCGUUAGAGAAUGCCGGCAUCACAAUACAGGACGUUGCCGGAUCCAACACAUCUGUGUUCGCAGGAUCGUUCUUUAGAGACUACAGCGAUGCGCACGCACGGGAUCCAGAAGCACUCCCCCGGUUCCUGUUGCUCGGCGUGGGCGCAGCCAUGGCGUCGAACCGGAUCUCGCAUUUCUACGACCUGCGAGGCGCCAGCAUGACGCUCGACACCGGAUGCUCGACCACUUUGACGGCUCUCCACCAGGCGUGUCAGUCUCUGCGCACUGGCGAAUCUGACAUGUCCGUCGUGGGAGGUGCCAACGUGCUGCUCAACCCCGAUAAUUUCGAGAUCAUGACGAGCGUGGGCUUCUUGGGGCGCACAGGGCGCAGUUUCGCCUUUGACAGCCGCGCCGAGGGCUACGGCCGCGGAGAAGGCAGCGCCACCAUCGUCAUCAAACGGCUGGACGAUGCGAUCCGCGACGGCGACCCCGUCCGCGCCAUUAUCCGCGCCUCGGGUGUGAACCAGGACGGGAAGACCGAGACCAUCACCACGCCUAGCCAAGCGGCGCAGGAGCAGCUGAUACGCGCGUGCUACAAGAAGGCCCGUCUUGACCCGGCGCACACAGACUACUUUGAGGCUCACGGCACGGGAACGACGACAGGCGACCCGAUCGAGGCCAGAGCUAUCUCCUCGGCGUUCAAGGAACGGCGGCAGCAUGGGCAGCCCGUGCGGCUCGGCUCAGUCAAGACGAAUGUUGGCCAUACGGAGACGGCGAGCGGGCUUGCGAGCAUUAUCAAGGCAGCCUUGAUGCUUGAAAAGGGACUCAUCCCACCCAUCGCUGGCUUUGAGAAGCCGAACGAGAAGAUUGAUCUUGAUGCGCUGCACCUAGAUGUGCCACGCAAACUGGAAAAUUGGCCGGAGGACUCUGGUUACCAGCGGGCAUCCAUCAACAAUUUUGGCUACGGCGGGACAAAUGCACAUGUCAUAAUGGAGAGUUACGAGUCUUUUCUCAAGACAAGCAUGCCAAAGGGCCAUAUCUCGACGUCCAACGGCGCCAAUGGCCAUGCAAAUACCAACGGCGCCAGCAAUGGACUUGCCACGGACUCUGCACGUAUUGUCAUGCUUUCAGCAAAGGAUGAGCAUGCAUGUCAAACAAUGAUAUCCAAUCUUGCCGAGUACGUGUCGUCAAAGUCCACAGGGAACCAAGAGAAGGACUCUGCUCUCUUUGCUCGUCUAGCCUAUACCCUCUCGCAGCGUCGCUCGCUAUUUUCCUGGAUCGCCACAACAUCAGCACAAAGCCUUACAGACCUGUCCAAAGCCCUAACAACGCCUCGAAUGAAGCCCGCACGAAGAGAAGAGACCGCACCACGGCUUGGUUUUGUGUUCACGGGUCAGGGCGCACAAUGGUUCGCCAUGGGACGUGAGCUCAUCGAAGCUUAUCCAGUAUACAGAGACACGAUCCUCGAGGCUGAGGGGUACCUGAAGGGGUUGGGCGCCGAGUGGUCGUUACUAGACGAGCUACUACAGGACGAGACCACCAGCCGCGUCAAUGACACCGAGCUCAGCACUCCGCUCUGCGUAGCGCUACAGGUCGCGCUGAUGCGUCUGCUUCUCAGCUGGGGGAUCUCGCCCGUAGCCGUGACAAGCCACUCGAGUGGUGAGAUCGCAGCUGCUUGCGCAGUGGGUGCCAUCAGCCUACACUCUACAAUGGCCAUUGUCCUGUCCCGUGGCGAGCUCGCUGGUGCUCUGACAAAAUUUGUGGACGGCCCGUCCAAGGGCGGCAUGAUGGCCGUUGGAAUAGGUGCCGAAGAGUCUGAGAAAUACCUCGCGCGCGUGACGGCCGGACGGGUGGUGAUAGCCUGUCUGAACAGCCCCGUGAGCACCACCAUCUCAGGCGACGUGACGGGUCUCAUCGAGCUGGAAGAGAUCCUCAAGGCCGACAACAUCUUUGCACGACGACUGAAAGUCGACGCUGCCUGGCACUCUCACCACGUCCAGGUCAUAGCCAAGCCUUACCGUCAGUAUCUGGAAAAAUACAUGAAGCCUCUUGACGGAAGCUUAGACGACGUGAUCUUCUCCUCUCCGACCACGGGCAAGCGCAUGAGCUCGUUUGCUGAUCUCGGAAGGCCACAGCACUGGGUUGACAGCCUGGUCAGCCCCGUGCAGUUUAUCGAGGCCUUUCGUAAUAUGUGCUUCGAGGAGGAUGGCACGGCCCUCGUCGACGCUGUCGUCGAAGUUGGCCCGCACGGCGCGCUGUCUGCACCCAUCAACAACAUUGUAGACAUGUUGCCCGAAUUUGCUGGCGGCGACAAUAAAAAGGUGUCGUAUAAUACAUGUCUGAUCCGCAAGAACAAUGCUGUUGCUACCAUGCACGCCCUCGUUGUAGAUCUGGUUCGUAUGGGUUACCCAGUGCAUAUGGAGGCGGUCAAUUUUCCUCGAGGCCGUCACGAUGUGCCUCUCCUGACCGAUCUGCCGGCCUAUCCGUGGAAUCACACCGUCAAGCACUGGUCAGAAGCACGUGUCAACAAGUCCUUCCGUGAGCGCCGCGAUACUCCUCACGAUCUCUUGGGCUCAAGUGCAUUGGACUCAAAUCCGCUCACCCCCUCAUGGCGCAACGUCCUUCGUGUGUCUGAUCUUCCGUGGGUGCGCGAGCACAUCAUCCAGGCAAAUUUUGUCUACCCCGGUGCUGGAUAUCUCUGCAUGGCCAUCGAAGGGGCGUGUGCACAACACAACAAGGACCACGAGAAGGACCAGCAGCAGAUCAAGGGCUAUCAGCUCCGCAACAUCGACAUCCAGUCAGCUCUAGUUGUCCCUGACACGGCGGAGGGCAUCGAGGUGCAUCUGACGCUGCAUCCCAGUGAUCCCAAGAACAUCUCGGCCAUUGGCUGGCAAGAGUUUCGGAUCUGCUCUGUCACAGCUGACAAUGUCUGGUCUGAGCACUGCAGAGGGCAGAUCAAAAUUGAUAUUCAACCUCGCCAGCACGUUGGAGCCGGUGUUCUGAAGCAGGACGUGGACUAUCGCAUCCGCAUUGAUCCCAAGGACAUCUACACGGGGCUCCGAGCGGCUGGGAUCAACCAUGGCCCCAUCUUUCAGAACUUGAGAAACAUUCGCGCGCGCGAGAAGGAGUCAGUCUCGGUUUUUACUAUAGCCGAUACGGCAGCUAUCAUGCCAUACAAGGAGCAGCACGCCCAUGUCAUUCACCCGACCACGCUAGAUACCAUCUUUCAAGCGGCGUAUACCGCACUGGAUGGCGCUGGCUCUCGAGCACAGGAGACUGCACAGAUUCCGCGCUCCAUCAAGCAUAUCUGGGUGGCACACGAUAUUCCCAGCACUCCAGGACACGACUUCAAUGCCCUCACGACGCUCAGCCACGCGAGCAAGCAGAGCUUUGAGACCAAUAUCACCGUUACCAACGCCGUCGACGAUGAUGUUGAUGCUGCCCCUAUACUGACCGUGGAGGGCUUCCUGUGUCAGUCCAUUGGUAAUGUGCAGCAGACGGAUCAUAACGACUCGACGAGGGAGAAGUUCAUCACGCCCGUCUGGGGUCCAGAUAUCACCUUUCUCAAGCUGGCCGCCCUGCAGACCGAGCUGAGCCGCCCCAUCGACCCAAAAGAAAGUGAGACCUUGGUGGAUCUGCGACACUUGAUCAUAUAUUACAUCAUCAAGGCCAUCGGGCAGGUCACCACGCCCAUCGAGAAACUUGAGCCACACAUUGCCAAAUACUACGCGUGGAUGAAGAAAACGUUCCUGGCAGCCGCCCAUAAUAAGCUUGCUCCUAACAGUAUCGACUGGGUCUCUUCAAGGUUUGAAGAAGGCAUUGAUGCGUUGGAGGCCAAAGUCCGCUCGGCGAGUGUCAAUGGUGAGCUGGUCACACAAGUGGGACCACACUUGGGAGCCAUCAUGCGUGGCGACAAGUCUGUGUCAGAUGUACUAGACAGUGAGGACUUUCCUGAACGCUACUACCAGGAUGGACUCAAAGUGAACCAUUCAAUGGCUCAAGUCGCGACGUUGGUCUCCCAUAUUGUGCACAAGAACCCGCGGGCUCGCAUUCUCGAGAUUGGUGCUGGCUCGGGUACUGCCACCAUGGCCAUCCUGGAAACACUCGGAACAGAUAAUCCCAAAGCCGCAGUGUACGAAUACACAGAUGUCUCGCCUAACUUCUUCCCCGCGGCUAAGGAGAAGUUCACGUCUUGGGAGAGCCUUGUUUCGUACAGGAAACUCGAUAUCGAGCAGGAUCCGAUCAAGCAGGACUACAAAGAGGGCACGUACGAUCUGAUCAUCGCAAGCCGUGUCCUCUCCAGCACAAAAUCCAUGGAACGUACGAUGGCCCACGUCAGGAAACUGUUGAAGCCGGACGGUGCCGGAAGGCUGAUUCUCGUGGAGCCGACACAGGACCAAACCGAUGUCCACUUUGUAUUCAGCCUGCUGCCCGAGUGGUGGUCGAGUGAGGAACAAGACCGGAAACUGAACCCUUCCCUCUCUGUCGGUUUAUGGAAUAGUGUGCUUCAAAGCGCGGGCUUUACUGGCGUGGACCUUGAAGUGCGUGAUGCCGAAGACGAAGAGCUUUACAGCCUCAGCACCAUCAUGUCCAGUACGGUCCCAGCUGCACCGAAAGUGACAUCUAACGUCGUCAUCGUCGCCCCCGCGAUCAAGAGCGUGCUGUAUACCCAGUGGCUACAGUCCCUCAAGGCUUCGAUUCGCGGUUUUACCGGGGCUGAACCAAGUGUCGAGUCCAUCGCAGACGUGCAGGGCGAUGGCGCGAAGACGUUCUUGUUCCUCGCUGAGCUUGUGGCUCCCAUUCUCCCAACACUCGAUGAGACGCAGUUCAAGGCCAUUCGUGCCAUCUGCACGCAGUCCAAGGGCGUGCUCUGGGUGACCCGGGGCGGUUCCAUGGACUGCUCUGAUCCUCAUCUCGGCCUCAGCAUUGGCUUCCUGCGGUCUCUUCGGAAUGAGUACGGUGGAAAACGCCUUGUGUCACUAGACUUGGAUCCAAAGUCAGCCCUCUGGAGCACAGGGUCUGCCGGUACCGUCGCCGAGGUCUUUGGCAAGGCUUUUGACGACUCUGUCGCGGGUGUGGGCGCCAACAACACCAUCGACUUUGAGUUUGCAGAACGUGCAGGCGUGGUGUCGAUUUUGCGGUACCGCAAGGAUACAGUCCUAAACAAGUCACUAUUUCCAGAUGCAAGCGAUGUCCCAACGCCCGAGCUCAAGGCUUUCGAGCAGCAUGAUCGGCCACUACGGCUCUUCGUACAGACUCCCGGCUUGCUGGAUACGCUGGUUUGGGACGACGACCCCACUGCCAACGUGGAACUGGACCCUGAGUCCAUCGAAGUCGCUCCGCGCGCCUUUGGUCUCAACUUCCGCGACGUGAUGGUCGCCAUGGGUCAGCUACAGAGCGACAUCAUGGGCUUCGAGUGCGCAGGACACAUCACACGCGUGGGGUCUGCCGUCAAGGGUUUCCAGCCCGGCGAUCGCGUGGCCAUGCUCCUGCGCGGCCACUACGGCAACCUGGCUCGUGUGCACUGGACAAGCGUGGUGCACAUCCCCGACGAUAUGACCUUCGAGGUGGCCGCGAGUAUGCCCGUGUCCUACUGCACGGCGUACAUCGCGGUCUACUUGCAGGCUCGGCUGAAGAAGGGCGAGACGAUCCUUAUCCAUGCUGCAACAGGUGCCUUUGGUCAGGCCGCACUCGUUUUGGCCAAGGACAUCGGGGCCGACAUCUAUGUGACGGUCGGCACGCCUGCCAAGCGCGAGUUUAUCAUGAAGCACUACGGUGUCGCGCCUGAGCGCAUCUUCAACAGCAGAGACAUCUCGUUCAAGGCAGACGUGCUCAGGGCGACCAACGGCCGCGGCGUGGAUGUCGUCCUCAACUCCCUAGCAGGCCUGCUACUGCAGGAGAGCUUCAACUGCCUGGCCCCCUUUGGCCGCUUCGUCGAGAUCGGCAAGCGGGACUUUGAGCUCAACUCACAACUGGCCAUGCACGCCUUCACGCGGGUCGCCACCUUCACCUCUGUCGAGCUGCCGGCUUUCAGCGAGGCCAAGAAGGCCGAGAACUACGAGCUAUUCAAGGAAGUCAUCCGUCUGGCCGGCGAGAAGGUCAUCGUUCCUGUAGAGCCCAUCACAGUGUUCCCCGUCUCCGAGCUGGAUCGGACCUACCGGCUGAUGCAGGCUGGCAAGCACAUGGGCAAGAUUGUGAUAUCGAUGAAGCCUGACGAGCUGAUCCCCAUUCUUCCCCAGAAGAAACAGGUCAAGCUUCGCAGCAACGGCACGUACCUGGUUGUCGGCGGCCUGGGCGGUAUCGGGCGCUCUGUGUGCCACUGGCUGGUGGCGCACGGCGCGAGAAACAUUGCCAUUAUCUCGAGGAGGAAGGAUGCGCGGAAAAGCGGCUCGGCUCUUAUUUUCGAGCUGGAGAAGCUCGGUUGCAGGGUUGAAGUCGUCACCUGUGACAUUGUGGUCGAGGCAGAGGUGGCGGCCGCUGUGAAAAUCUGCGCAGAAGACUUGAAGAUGCCAUCCAUCAGGGGGGUGAUCCAAGCAGCCAUGGUUCUUCAGGACUCGAUUAUGGAGAACAUGACCCUCGAUGACUACGCGGCAGGGGUACGGCCAAAGGUAGCGGGAACAUGGAACCUGCACACACAAACCCUCUCUCAGCCCUUGGACUUCUUCGUCAUGCUCUCCUCGCUGGUUGGCCAGACUGGAAAUGCCAGCCAGAGCGCCUACUCGGCAGGCGGCGCAUUCCAGGAUGCGCUGGCCCGCCACCGCGUAUCCCAGGGCCUCCCCGCUGUGGCCAUCGACCUUGGUCAGGUCAAAUCCGUCGGCUACUUAGCCGAGACGGACAAGAGCAUGGCCGACAGACUGCUCAAGCUGGGCUUCAGUCUCUUGGGCGAGGAGGACGUGCUUGCUGCCCUCGGCGCCGCCGUGCUGGCGCCACAUGCCGGCUUGCUAAUCAUGGGGCUCAAUGUAGGCGGCGGGUCUCACUGGGACGAUGCACCGUUCCUGGCGAGGGAUGCCCGGUUCGGCGGGCUGCGGUUCCGAGAGGACGCGUCUGCGUCCAACAAGGGUGCCAGCAAGGCUGGGCUGUCGGAUCUGGCUGGCAAGAUCGCGAGCGCGGGGGCGCUGGACGAGGCGGCGGCUGCGGUGGUGGAGGUGAUUGUCAGCAAGCUUGUGGACAUCUUCAUGAUGCCCAAGGACGAGAUCACCCCUUCCAAGCCGCUGUCUGCGUACGGGGUUGACAGCCUCGUGGCGGUCGAGCUGCGGAACAUGUUGGCGAUUCAAGCCGCGUCGGAUGUGACUAUCUUUGAUAUCAUGCAGACCGCGUCCAUCUCUGCUUUAGCAACUAUUGUCGCGAACAAGAGUAGUCAUCUUGAUGCGUCUGUGGUGGGCGCUUGA